AUGAACACUACCACAACGGCAUAUGGAAUGCCAAUACCAUCGGGAUCGGGAUUUGCUCUUUCACCAAUUCCGAAUCCAUUGGUGGAUCAAUAUAUUUCCAUUGAGGAUUCAAUGAAUCAAUUAUCGGUUUUUGUACCACAGUAUCACUCUCAGACCCUCGUGGUUCAUUCCUUGCAGGAACAAGUGAAUCAACAACGACAAGUUUUACAAUCGGUUUCCUCUCAGGUCCUUAAGGAGAAGAAGUCUGUUGAAAAACUUUAUCAACCAUCCAUUUCCAAUUUCUUCUCCAAAGCUUUGGAUAAGCAUGGAUUUGAGAAAAAGAUUGAAAAGGAACAAUUGGAAUACAAAGCCUUACUUGAAAAGGAACAUCAAGCUAAAUAUCAAUUGGAACAGUUGGAAGCACAGCUGAUGCAAGCACAGAGUAUUCAAACUUCACUCCAUCAGCAUGUUCAAAGUUAUGAAACGAAAAAGCGUGAACUUGAAUCAUGUAUUGAUCGAAUGAUGAUUGCAGCCAAUUUACCACCUCAUCAUAUCAUUCCUCAGACACAACAGGAACUUUUCAUGAAUCAAAAUAAGAAACAACAAAUCGUGUGUUAUUUGUCUCAAUAUAAGGCUGGACUCACCAAUUUGCAACAAGCCUACUCUUUAUUACAAUCCUGUUAUCAACGAUUAUCGGAAGCAAAGAAUCUUGCAACAGCUGAUUUAUUUAUGAAUGGAGGCAUUGCGAACAUGUAUGUGGAUAGUAUGAAGUAUGAAAAUCUCAAUAGAGCCAAUGAUGAUGCAAAGAAAGCUAAAAUGUUCAUUGCUGAAGCUGUUCGACAAUGUCCACCACUCGCAUCCCAACCACUUUUUGUUGCUAAAGUCACACAAGGAGAUUUUGUUUUUGAUGUUUUCUUUGAUAAUAUCAUUGCUGAUUAUAUUGUUAGAGAGAAGAUUCGAAAGAGUAAGGAAGCCAUGAGUGAGUCCAUUCAACAAUUAACCAUCACGCUGAAUUGGCUCCAAAUGACUUGUAUUCCUCAAAUUGAGAGAGAUUUACAAGAGGUCGAUCAACUCAUUGCCUCUCUCUCCACGACGUUACAACAAGAGCGAAUGGCCAUUGUCAUGCAAGCUCUCCAUCAAAAAUCGUCACAACAAUCUCAAUUGCCAGUCAUUUCACUUGGCGUUCCAAAUUGUCCUUCACAAGUGACACCUACUCUUGUUGAUUUUUCCACCCAUCAGCCUUCUUCUGAUCUAGCUGCAUCAGUACUGAGGUUGGAGACAACUUGGGAACCUGCAGUGCUGUAG